UUGCGCAUAGUUGGCUCUAGUGAACGCUACCCUUAUCGCAAAAUGAAACUCCUUAUCAUCACCCUCCUGGUGGCGUACGCGUCGGCCGAUGUGUCCCACAUCGUGCCGCGCAAUGGAGAAGCCAACGCCAAGAUCCUAAGGCAAGAACAGGACAUCGGCCUUGAAGGCCAGUACCAGUGGGCGUAUGAAACUGAGAACGGCAUCUCCGCCAGCGAACAAGGAACCCUGAAAAACCCGCAGUCUGAAAACUCUGAACAAGCCGUACAAGGCGAAGCGAAGUGGACAGCGCCCAACGGCGAAGUAAUCUCACUGCAAUACGUCGCUGACGGAAAUGGAUACCAACCCCAGGGCUCCCAUCUGCCUCAACCACAACCAAUUCCUGAGGCCAUCCUCAGGGCUUUGGAGUACAUCAGGGCGCACCCCCCACCACCAGAGAAGAACUAA